AUGCAGUGCUACCUGACCCUAAAGAGAGAGUACCGAGUGGCGGACUACCUGACCCUAAAGAGAGAGUACCGAGUGGCGGACUACCUGACCCUAAAGAGAGAGUACCAAGUGGCAGACUACCUGACCCUAAAGAGAGAUACAGAGCGUCUUCUGAUGGACGAGGACAAGCCGUUGUUUGGGAGUCUCCCGUGUCGACAGGACGACUGUCUUAGCUCCCUCGCCAGAUUCAGUUCAGCGUGUUGGAUUGCAGCUCCACCAACAACAACACACACACACUUCACCAGGCUGCUCGCAGCCCUGGUUCCAGACUUUCAGGUAGAAAACUCUCCCUGUAUCCUCGACAUCGACAUGUUUCACCUACUGGUUUACAGCGUGAUGUCAUACGGCUCGGUCCACAGUCUGGACCAAUCAGGACGCAGAGCUGUAGACUCUGCCCAUCUCCACCUGCUUCACCUGGUCACUGUGGCUCACCUGGUUCAGAUCCUGCUCACCUCCACCACAGAGGAGGUGUGUAUGGAUCAUGACGGAGGGGAAUCAGAGGAGGAGGAACUAACCUGUCAGCUCUACAACACGCUGAGGAAACACCUGGGCAGUGUGUUAACUGAGGUGUUGUCCGGCUGGCAGCUCGUCCGUUGUGUUAGAGCCGGCGUCCUGCCGUUCCUCCGAUCCGCCGCUCUCUUCUUCUACUACCUGAACUCUGCAACGCCACCUGCUGACCUGCUGGUGUCUGGUCCCGGCCAAUGGGAGGCGCUGCUCAGCUUCCUCAGUCUUCCCUCCAACCUGCUGCAGCUGCACCACAGUCAACACACACUGCUGGAGCCGCUCAUACGCAGGUGUGUGUGUGUGUGUGUGUGUGUGUGUGUGUGUGUUUGCAGGGUCAGAGAGAGCCAGGUGUUGUUUGUAGCAGGUAAAACAAAGGGCUGUUUCUAUCCUCCUCCCUACCUCGACGACUAUGGAGAGACAGACCAGGGCCUCAAGCGGGGGAACCCCCUCCACCUGUGCUCCGAGCGCUACAGGAAGAUCCAGCGUCUGUGGCGACAGCACGGCGUCGCCGAGGUGAUCGGCCACGCUCAGGAGGCCAAUCAGACGCUUGUGGCCAUCGACUGGCAGCACCUGUGAUGCUGAACCCGCCCCCGGCCUCUCAGCCUAUCGGCUUUCUCCACACUGGCUUCAGGGAUUCUUCACCAAUCACAGAGAGGGACUAACUCUGACUCCGCCCUUUCACAUCUCACAGGAAGUUAGAUUUCUUUUUAAUUAUAAUUUGGUGUUUUAGAUUUUGAGGUUUAUUUUCUGAUGUUAGAACUCGUUAACAUGAACCAAAGUGAAGCCCCGCCCACCUGGCACAGGCUAUUCUGGUCAUCAGAACCAAGUUAUGCUAAGCUACGCUAAAUCUGAUCUGAGAACACAGCAGGUUAUUAUUU